CCCGGAAGGCCAGAGCCAUCCCUGAGCCUUCGAGCCCUCGACUAGACUAGCAGAUUCUACCACUUAAAAAACCCACGCAAACCAAAAUCCCCCCCUUCCCUUCCGCUGCUCCGCACUCGCUUCUCGCAUUCCACCGCUCACCAUGGCCGCCGCCGUCGAAGCAGCUGGAGGUCGGAAGGCCAGCUGCUUCCUUGAGGUCGGCCGGCGCGAGAUCGGCUCCUCCUUUCCCCGCGCCUCCUCCCGCCGAAUCAGCGGCUCCGAGCAUAUACUGAUGCGGAUGACUCAGUAUGGAAAGUUGCAUGGACAUGAUGGCUGUGUUAAUACCGUGAGCUUUAACCCUGCUGGUGACCUCCUUGUGUCCGGUUCAGAUGACACCAACAUUAUACUAUGGGACUGGCUUGCUAAAACUAAGAGGCUGGUUUACCCUUCUGGCCAUCACGAAAAUGUCUUCCAUGCUCGUGUGAUGCCGUUUACUGAUGAUAGCACUAUUGUAACUGUCGCUGCUGAUGGACAGGUUAGAGUGGGACAACUGAAGGAGGGCGGUGAAGUCACAACCAGACUAGUUGGGGAGCACGAUUCCAGCGUGCAUAAGAUGGCUAUCGAACCAGGAAGCCCUUACAUUUUUUACAGUUGUGGAGAGGACGGCUUGGUACAGCAUUUUGACUUGAGAAGCGAUUCGGCAACAAAGCUGUUCACCUGCUAUUCUUUCUUGAAUGACAGACGUCGUGUAAGACUGAAUAGCAUUGCCAUUGACCCACAGAACCCUUACUAUUUUUCAAUUGGUGGUUCUGAUGAGUAUGUACGAUUGUAUGACAUGAGGAGAUUCCAGUUGGAUGAUUCAAGAAACAUAAACCAGCCUGUAGAUACCUUCUGCCCUAAGCAUCUUGUUAAGGGCGGGAAGGUCCACAUCACCGGUAUUGCAUAUUCCUAUGCAAGGGAGAUACUUGUAUCCUACAAUGAUGAACUUGUCUAUUUGUUCCAAAGCAAUAUGGGUCUUGGUCCAAAUCCCGUGGCAGCACAGCCAGAGUGUUUUGACAAGCUCGAUCAGCCACAAUCAUACUCAGGUCACAGGAAUUAUCGAACUGUUAAGGGAGUCAAUUUCUUUGGACCAAAUGAUGAAUAUGUUGUCAGUGGAUCAGAUUGCGGGAAUGUAUUCAUAUGGAGGAAGAAAGGAGGUGAAUUGAUGAGGAUGAUGAAUGGUGACAAAAGUGUAGUUAACUGCAUUGAACCCCACCCGCAUUUUCCCUUCAUGGCUACUAGUGGGAUUGACAAAACUGUCAAGCUUUGGACACCUUCCGCAAAAAAAGUGAUGUCACUGCCUAAAAACGCAAAGGAAAUAAUAGCCUCUAAUGAACGGGGGAGAGAGGUUGAUGCUUCUGGAGCGGAAGUGACACUUUCAUCUGAUGUCAUCAUGCAUGUGUUGAGGUUGCAUAGGAGACAGUCUGAACUGCAGCGGGAGAAUGAACCAGGUGCUGCGGAUUUCGCCAGUGAUGAUGAUGAGGCUUUCUACAUUGGAUUUGGCAAUGCAGAAAGGGAUGAGAGGGAAAACUCUGACCCCAGGGAAUGCAUUGUGACGUAGCUAAAGCAGGAGAAGUUUGCAGCCUGGCUCUGGAUUCAUGUUGGAGCAAACUGCACGAGUCUUAGUUUGCAGUUUUACAUACAAAGCUAUGCUCCGGGAUGUGCCUCCUACAAUGCACCCAGAGGAAUAUAGAUCGGGACACUUAACGGAGAAGCUCAAUAGUUAGUGUGGGAGAAGCUCAAUAGUUAGUGUGGCAGCGUUCUCAUCGUCUGUUCUGUUGUAGCUUUACUGGAUACACUCAGUUUCUCAAAUGUCAUAUACAUAGUUUUUUUUUGAGUGGAAAUGUCGUAUACAUAGUUGUAGUAAAAUAAAUUGUGCUCCCAGCAUGUGUAAUUAUGAACUGUAUGUUGGCUCUUGCCGAGCCUGAAUUGUGGUUUUGACCGUGCAGUAUGUACAUAAGCUUUCCUUGGUGCUGCAACAUUCAGAAUCAGUAUUUUAGUUGUUUGGCCUGUCUGGCAA